GAAACAACGGCCUCUGACAGAAAUGCAAGAUAAGGCUGCAUACAAUAGACCCUUGUGGUCCGGCCCUUCCCUUCCUCGGACCCUACGCAUAACGGGAACUUUAGUCCGCCGGUUUGGCCUUUUUUAGUCUGUUGGAAGGCAACUUUUUAAUUGUUGAGAAUUCAGAGAUUGGCAAAAUUUGCUAUGGAGAUUUAGAUCUAUUGUCCGGCUUUGGCUUGUGCUUCCAGUUUGAAUUUUCUUCUGAUCACGUACAGAAAAAUCUCCCCUUUAUUGCAGCUUUCGGCACUUUAUAGCACCCAAAUCAAAGUCAGGUUGAAAAGAUAAAAUUUCUUCUCUUGGCUGUUAAGGAUUUUAACCCUGGUUAUGGAGAUUCUGCCUAUAUGAUGUGCAUUGUGGACUUUCUUCUUGAGUGUGUUGAAUUGUCGUAUAGGACAGAGGCUUGUGGUAUCAGGCUUAGGGAGGCUAUCCACAAAGCUCAUGGCUAUCAGUUCUUGGUUCAGUUUGCUUUAAUUCCCGUGAAGGGUCAGAGUGGUCAGAAUUCCAUUUCUAAGUUCCUUCCUGAUCAAGGAGUUACUUUAGAUUAUCUGCAUUUGGCUAAUCAUGCUGGUAAAAGCGAUUUGGAGGAAAAAGGAGGGGAGGCUUCAUCACAAGAUGUGUUAUUUCUAAGUUCAUAGCCUUAUUUUUUGCCCUUGUUUUUUGUCUUUGUUGCUGAUUCUAGAAAACUUUGACUUGUAGAGGCUGGUGGUAUAGGCUUAGGGAGGAAAUCCACAAUGCUCAUGGCUAUCAGUUCUUGGUUCAGUUUGCUUUACUUCUCGCAAAGGGUUAAGGUGGUCAGAAUUCCCAUUCUAAGUUCCUUCCUGAUCGAGGAGUUACUUCAGAUUAUCCACAUUUGGCUAAUCAUGUUGGUAAAAGCGAUUUAGUGGUAAAAAGAGGGGAGGCUUCAUCACAAGAUGUGUCCCCUACACUCUCUAGGUUACUUGAUGUGCUUGAUAAUCUUGCUCAAACGGGUCCUUCUGGAGCAUCUGGCUUAAAAGCUUCAAAAGCUACUCAUGUUAAGCCUAGUGGGCAUGGCAGAAAUCGUACGUCAUCUUCUGACAGAAUUGUUGAUGACAAAGUUAAAGACCUGGAAGCUGUUCAGAUGUUGCAAGACAUUUUUCUUAAGCUGAUAGCAGGACUCUGCAGGGUGAAGUACUCAACAGGAUGUUUAAAAUAUUCUCAAGCCAUCUUGACAAUUACAAGCUUUGUCAGCAGUUACGGACCGUGCCUCUAUUGAUCCUUAAUAUGGAUGGCUUUCCGCCAUCCUUGCAAGAGAUAAUUUUGAAGAUACUUGAAUAUGCUGUGACUGUUGUAAAUUGUAUACCUGAGCAAGAGUUUCUUUCACUUUGUUGUUUGUUGCAGCAACCAAUUACCCCUUUGAAGCAUACAAUUUUGUCUUUCUUUGUAAAACUCUUAUCCUUCGAUCAACAAUACAAGAAAGUUCUAAGGGAAGUUGGUGUAUUGGAGGUUCUGCUGGAGGAUCUGAAACAACACAAGUUUCUUUGGGGUUCGGAGCAGCAUGCUGAUGACCCUAAUCAUUUAGAGAGGAAAUCGAGUCAAGUUCAAGCAGCUUUAAGAAACACUUGGACAGUAAGAAUGCUAUACUUUCUUCACCCAAAUUGGCAGAAUCUGAUUCAGGGAAGUUCCUUCUUUUUGAAGUUGAAGGCACAAUGGGAGUUGCUGAUAGCCAAAAUGCAGGGAUUCACAGAGGAAUCCGAGGUUUUAGCAGCUGGACAGGAGUCUUUACGGAGAAAACUCGAGUAAUCAGCUAUGGGGGUGGAUUCAGGAAGAAGAUGAAAAUAGAAUUCAAUUAGGAAAAUUGUAUUAUUGUUCAAUUGAUGAUUGAAUUUGUAGAUACAAUGCCUUUUAUAAGAAAUGAGAGUGAAUCUAAUUUGCUAGCUGCU